AUGAUACGCGGCAAUGUUGAUAAUGAUGGUGAUGAUGAUGAUGAUGAUGAUGAUGAUGAUGAUGAUGAUGAUGAUGAUGAUGGUGACCUGUNUCUGGUCGCAUUUGAUAAAUUGCAAGAGAUCAGCAUCGAGUACCGAAAAGUCAAUGCGAACGGUCGAGCGUUACAUUCAGUCAAUCGUGAUUAUCGUUCACCAGUUUACAUGUUAGUGCGACAGAGCCCAUCGAUAGACCGAAUGAUUGUGGCUUUAUUGACCACUGUGAUGCCGAUGCUGAUAUUCACUUCGGAUUUCAUGCUAAGCUACUCAUCUUCGAUCAAAGACAACAUAUUCCCGCAAAACCAACUGAGUCUUCGUUUGUCCCCGACGACUCACAAUCGGCUUCAUUCCUCAUGUCCACCCGAAUUGAAACAGGUCAUUCUGAAUUCAAUGCACAAAUACCAACCUCGAAUCCACAUUAUCCACGUGCCUGUUGUGGAUUCGGAUCCGGAGGUGCAAGCCCUGCAACUGGAUCAACUUUGCAGUGCAAGUGAUAUUGGCCUAAGGGCACUGAAGAAAACAUUUGUAUUCGAAGAAACACAAUUCUACGCGGUUACGGCGUACCAAAAUCACCGGGUGAGUUGUUGUUUGAAAACGUGUUUUCUUACGUUACCCGUUAUGCAAUCAACUUGA